GUUUCACCGGCAGCUAAAUAUUUUGCUGUCCACGCAGCAGCGGCUGCAUCCCAUUGAUACGUUGCAGAAUUUCGUGGGAAAACCUGAUAACACUAACGAAGUAAAAUCAAGAUUUGCAACGAAACUGCUAAUUUUUUUUCUUUAUAUUAAUCAGAAGCAAAUAGACUUUCCUAUAUUUAUAUUUCAACUUCCGAUUUUGUUAACAUUUAUGAAUGCAAAUCUAGGAGGCUUUCCACGACCAUGCUCGACUUCGUUAUAUUCGCUGUCUUUUUCGUUGUGACUUUAAUAAUUUCAAUAAUUUACCUUUAUCCAGGUUCAAGACGGCCAACUACAAUCCUGGGACUUGAACCGUCUUCCAAACAAGAUGGAAAUUUGGCUGACAUUAUUCGCUCUGGAAGUCUUCAUGAAUUUCUGAUCAAUAUACAUAAGCAGUAUGGUUCUAUCACUUCUUUUUGGAUGUCAAAUUAUCAAAUUAUCAGUCUGGCAUCUCCAGAACUUUUCAAGAACCAGAAGAAAAUUGUUGACCGAUCAAGUGAAGUCUACUUGCUGUUUGAACCACUUUUGGGAUCAGAAAGCCUUUUUAACGGUGAUGAAUCAGGAAAGCAACGCAGAAUUAAGUAUACAAAGUCUUUGAAUGAAAAUUCUAUCAAAAUCCAUUCCACCAUUAUAGCAAAGAUUACUGAUGAAUUACUGACAAAAUGGUCAGUGAUGAGCGAUCAACAUAUUCCUGCAGAGGAGCACAUGAUGGCUUUAGCAAUUAAAUAUCAAGUCCUUAGCACAAUUGGUGACACCUUCAAAGACAACAUGGGGAUUUUCACAUUGCGGAGGAAUUUUGAUACGUGUUGGUAUGAAAUCCAGAGAUGCCUGCAGGAUCUGGCUGAACCGGAGUCUCAUCGGAUACAAGCUUUUAAAGAAGCUCAGAAUUUUCUUGAGAAAUAUCUGCAAGAUGCUGUUACAAAGCGGCGUGACCAGCCAACUGUUUCUCCAGAGAAUUCCUUGCUAAUUGAUUUCUUGUUGAAGACUGAUGCAGCUGAUAGUGAAAUAGUUAUGGACCUCUUCAUGACAAUGAUGUUUGAUUUUCAUACUCUUGGCUGCUUGUUGACUUGGUUGUUAUAUUUCCUUGCUACUCAUAGUGAUGUACAAACCAAACUUACAAAAGAAGUACAAACUCUGAAAGAUGAUGAAAUUACUCCAGAGAAUCUUAAAAAAUUGAAAUAUCUGAAGCAAGUGUUGGAUGAAACUCAUCGAUGUGCUGUGUUAAUACAAUGGUCUGCUUACACCCAGAGUUUUGAUGGAGAACUUGAAGGACAUAAAAUUCCCAAAAAUACUCCUAUCCUUCAUGCUAUCGGUGUCCUAAUGCAAGAAGAACAAUAUUGGCCUCUUCCUACUCAGUUUGAUCCAGAAAGAUUUGCUGAGGAUAAGGCCAAAUCUGGUUUAGUUUUCCAACCUUUUGAUAUUUAUGGCAAAAACGGAGAUCCAAAGCGUGCACUACUUUAUUUAUGUGCCAGCAUUUGUAUCACAAAGAUUUUGAGAAUGUUCCGCUUGGGUCUUGUUAAAGGUCAGGUUGUCACUCCUGUUUAUGGACUGGUUACUAAACCAGAUGAUGAAAUCUGGAUUACGGCACAAAAACAUACAAAGCAAUCCUAAUGACUAAUUUACAUAAACAAAUUUUAUUCUUUCUUAUUAAGAAAAAAAAAAAAAAGAUUUAUCCAUCAAAUUAGGCCCUGCAAACAGAAUGACGAAAAAAAAAAAGAAGCCAAUUGUUCUUUAAGUAUUAACCAGUUGCUGAAAGUUCCACAUGUAAUGCAUCAGUGGAUUUGUUGAUUAUAAGUUUGAACUUUUGCAUACAUGUGUGUGAAUAUUGCCAAGUUGAACUAUGCAAAAUUGAGUGGCUGUUCAUAAGGUAACCAAAAGGUCUUAGGCUAAUACAGAGAAUGAUUAAAAAGCCUUAGACCUUUUGUGGUGAAUUAACUUGAAAUCUUUUGCUUAUGAUAGGGUGAUCUGUUUUCAUUGUUUUGGCGCUUAUACAAGCAUAUAUGAUCUCUUAAACACAAAACAGAUACGCACGAAUGAAUACACGUUUAUCUUAUAUCUAUUUUUUUUUUCUUUUUUACUUUUCUUUUUUCUUUCUCCUUUGCAUUUGCUAUUCUCACUUUUUGACUGACUACUUCAAAGGAAUCAUUAUCACUAUUUUUGGAAGUUUUCUGCGAUUGGGUGACGUAAGGGAUGCUGCACCCGUCUCAUUCCUUUUCACUAUUAUUUAUCAGUUUAAAAUGCUUGUUAAAAUGAAGUUUUUUCUUUUUUUUCCUCACCUACUGAAUCAGUUUUUUUCACUUGUUAAUUUGACAUUUUAGUAAACAAAAGCAUCUUGUACAAAAAAGAGAAACUAUUUUGCUUGGAUUAUAUACAUAUAAUAUACAUUUAUAAAACUUUGUAAUUGUCAUUAGUAAUCUUCUUAUUUUAAUUUUUGAAAAUUUUUUUAAAUAAAAAAAAAAAAGGGUUUCUUGUGAGAAAAAUACAGUUAAAAAGGAGUGAUCAUAAACAGGUUUUCUUUUUUUGUUUUAUACACAAAAUAUUUCUGACUUAAUUCUGAAAUACUAUUUCUUUUGCUUUUUGAUAAAGCUGUAAUUUAUUUUUCUAAUUUAGGGGAUACUUUCCUUUUUAUUAUGUAUUAUUAGCACAAGGCGGUGAGCUGGCAGAAUCGUUAGCAUACUGGACGAAAUGCUUUGUGGUAUUUCGCCCGUCGCUACAUUUGGAAGUUCAAAUACUGCCAAGGUCGACUUUGCCUUUCAUCCUUUUGGGCUCAAUAAAAUAAGUACCAGUUGAACAGUGGGGUUAAUGUAAUCAACUUAUCCCCACCUCCCCUAAGCUGCCCUUGUGGCAAAAAUUAUGUAUUAUUGGCACAAGUUUAUGAAUCGUUUGAAUAAUGAACUUAUCUACAGAAAACUUAGGGAUAAAAAAAGAAAAAUGUACCUAUUUCGUAUGAACUUAUUUUGCUUUUAGCCGGUUGGUUUUAUUUCAGUCAAUCAAUAUCUGAACCAUAGCCUGUUUUUAAGGCUUCCAGUAACACAAUACUUUCACUAACUUUUACGGAAUAAACAAAAAAACCACAAGAUGACGAAUAGGUCUAUGUGAAAAGUUCCAUUUUUGUUUUUUUCUAUUUAGAGAAAUCUUAGCUUGCUUGAUCAGUUCUCAGUUAAAUCCUGAAUCAAUGAUUAUUAUUUUGCACCUCUUUUUUUUUUAGCUUAACGGAUUUAACUUAUCUGAUAGAGCCAUCUAUGUUACGUUAAUGAAAACGAACUGUUGUAAGGUAUAUAACUCUGACUACUCUGGUUAUUUAUUAGUCACAUUCAACCAUUCAUGCUUUUAGUGUCAUUAGUUGUAAAGUUAACUAGGGGAAAACGUCAAAUAACCACGCCACCCAUGUUAAUUAUGAAAACGGGAUUAAAAUAGUGAAAUAGAAUCAUGUAAAAAAAAAAAAAAUUUACAUUUCUUUUAUGGAUUACAGACUCUUACAGAGAAUAAAUCUAACGGAGUUGUCGAACUUUGACCAUUUGUUUCACUGCAACGCUGGUUUAAUGAAAUAAUAGAAUUCAUUUAUGAAAAGAACAAAACAAAAAACAAACUAUAGAAUGUUAAGAUAUAUAGAAAGAUAAGACACCUUUUAGAACUUAUGUACUUAUAUAUAUAUAUAUAUAUAUAUAUAUUGGAAGGUUUGGAGGUGAUGUACAGAAAUUAUAUAGAUAAAAUUAAGGUACUCAGAAAUCUGGAUGUUUGUACAUUUACAGAUUUUUAUUAAUGUCACAUAUUAAAUAAAGCGCUUUUCACCUAGUCGUGUAGGAUUUUCAAAUUGUAUAUAUAUAUAUAUAUACAUACAUACAUAUUUAUAGAAACCAAGAAUAAAAGAGCUUCUAAGAAGUUGUUGAUCUGUUAGAAAUAACAGUCAAAUCUUCCUCAAAUAACACCAUACCCACUUAUUGAAGUACUGGCAUGGCUGUGUGUUAAGAAGUUUAUCCCUCAGCCACAUGGUUCUGGGUUCAGUCCUAUUGUGUAGCAUGUUGAGCAAGUAUCUUUUACUAUUGUCUUGGUCUGACCAAAACGUUGUGAGUGGAUUUGGUAGAUGGAAACUGAAAGAAGCCUGUCAUGUGUAUGUGUAUAUAUAUAUAUAUAUAUAUAUAUAUAAUAAUAAUAAUAAUAUGUGUGUGUGUAUCUGUCCCCCACCAAUGCUUGACAAUUGGUGUUGGUGUGUUUACAUCCUCAUAACUUGGUGGUUUAGUAAAAGAGACCAGUAGAAUAAAUAGGCUUAAAAAAAAAAUUAUUAUUAUAGCUACAAUCUAAGGACUGAAACAUGUAAAAAGUAAAAAGAUAUAUAUAAUAUUCAUUCUGAAUGUUUAUAUUAAUAUACACUCGUGAUGGUUGGGUGGUUAUGUUUGAAAGGUUGACUUGGAGUUCUGUACCAAUUCAUUUAAUAAUUAUAAGACUGAAAAUGCAACCAAUUAUCCUAUGAUGUGACAAAAGGAUUUUUCCUUUUAAAAGGGGAUGGUAAUGUCCAUGAAUCUUCUUUACAGAGACUCUGUGAUCAGAAGAAAGUAUUUUCAAACUGGAGAUAUGGCCCGAAUGCUUGCACCAAUGGAUUCCAUUAAAGGCAGCCUACUACUAUGGAGUCUAGGACAUUUACCCCCCAUUGACAAUAACCCCUCAAGGACAAUUACCCCUGAGGACAACAGAUGAUGAUUUAAAACUUAAUAUAUUGGACGUGGUGGUGGUGGUGGGGGUAAUUGUUCUAGGAGGUAGUUGUUGUCAGGGGGAAUUGUCCUUGGGGUCAGGGUAAUUGUCCUGAUACACUAUGUGGUGAUGUUAAACUGGGCAGUGGAUUAAGUCUAGCACAACAAUGCUGAUGUCUUUUUAACCUUUCAGCAUUCAGAUAUCUUUGUCAAAGACUCUGCUUAUUUGUUCUCAAUGUUUUGCCCAUCGCUACCUUCUGAGUUCAAAUUCCACUGAGGUCAACUUUGCCUUUUAUCCUUUUGGGGUCGAUAAAUUAAGUACCAGUUAAACACUGGGGUCGAUGUAAUUGAGUCAACUCCUUCCCCCAAAAUUUUGGGCCUUGUGCCUAUAAGUAGAAAGGAUUAUCUUGCGAGUUUCAAAAUUUGAAUGGUAUUUCUGUAUAUUUUUAGAAUGACAUUGUAGGGUAGGUGUGAGAGAUUGUAUCUGGUCAAUUGUAACAUAAAAGUGGUAAAAUAUUUGGGCCGGAUAUGACCGGAUUCAAUGCUAAAGGGUUAAAAAAAGAAAGAAAACUUAAGCCUUUCGAAAAAGGCUUAAUUUGGGAACAUUAAGCCACUCCUUGUUUUUAUAUUUUAAGAAAAAAACGACAUGCCAUACCUUUGUCUGGUUUGCUUUAUUCUUUAAAAGAUCUUGAUUCUUGUUUUCUUUUAUGUCUGAUAUGAAACCUGAAAAUGUGCUUUGUAAAACUUGGCACAUUGGUAGUAAAAGGUGUUGAGAGUGAAUGUAUUGUUGAUUUAACACAGGUAGGUUGGAAUGGAAAUUAUGUUUGAAAUUUCUUUUAAUUAUUUAUUUGAAAUAUUUGCAGUAAGGACAUCCAGCCGUAGAAAUUAUGGCAAAGUAAACACUGAAGCUUGGCACAAGGCCUUUGAUUUGUUGGUCCCUAUCGAACUGUCCAACACAUGCUAACAUGGGAUAAAGGGAUGUUAAAUGAUGAUGAGUGAACAAGUAAAAUUAAAAUCUUACAUAAACAUAAUUUGUGAAUAUAGAUACAAGCAUUGUUGUGGGAAUAAGAAUUUUGCUUUGCAACCAUAUGUUUCUGGGUUCAGUCCCAUCAUGUGGCACCUUAGGCAAGUGUCUUUUACAAUAGCUAACCAAUAUCUUGUGAGUGAAUUAGGUAGAUGGAAAGUGUAUGGAAGCCUGUCAUAUGUGUGUGUGUAUGUGUGUCACCAUUUGACAACUGGUGUUGGUUUAUGUUCUCAUAACUUAGUCUUGGUUAAAGAGAUAAAAUAUGUACCAUUAGCUAGAACUCUUUAAGGCAGUGCUCCAGCAUGGCUACAAUCCACUAGCUGUAAUCACUAAGAGAUAAAAGGAUAGGGGCUGAAUGAAGAGAAAUACAAACUCAAAAACAGAAAAGUUUCCAGUAUAACAUUAGUAAAUGUUUGAGAAAUUGGGAACUAAUUAAAACCAAAAUUAUUCUAAUUAUAAAUUUUGAUUCUCUGUAUUGCGAUUCUAUGUCUAAAUCUAUUUUUGAUUCUAGUUUAUGAAAAAAGAAAAGAAUCUAUUCUAUAAAUGCAAAAUUUCAUUAAAAAUAAAAAUUUGAAAAAUCUCCACUUCUUUCAGCAAAGUUGUAAAAUUAAGAAUUUCUUAUUGAUUCUGAUGAUUUUUUUUUUUUUUUUUUUUUUUUUUCGGAAUUUUUGAAUUUUUGAAUUUUCUGCUUCUGCAAUUGUAAUUCUUUUAUUGUAACCCUUUAGCAUUUAGAUUAUUCUGUCAAAUGUAAUAUUUAUUCACAUUAUUUUGAAUUAAUCAUGCAUGAUCUUGUAGCUUUGAGAUUUCAAUGACGUGAUUGUAUAUCUUUAGAGUGACAUUGUUGGAGGGUAGGUGAGAGAGACUGGAUAUGGCAGAUUUUCAAAACAUAAAACAGGUAGAUUAUCUGAGCAGGAUAUGGCUGGUUUAAACCUUAGGCAUUGAGAUUACUCUGUCAAAUGUAAUAUUUCUUCACAUUAUAUUGAAUUUAUCAUUUAUUAUCUUGUAGUUUUGGGAUUUCAAUGAUGUGAUUGUUUAUUUUUAGAAUGACAUUGUUGGGUAGGUAUGAGAGGUUGGAUCUGGCCAGUUUGAACAUAAAACAGGUAAAAUAUUAGGGCCAGAUAGGGUUGGUUUAAAUGCUCAUGGGUUAAUCCUCUACACAUUUAUCUUAAGUUGGCUUUAUACAAUAACCUGCAGAUUUUCUUUAGAAUACUAUUUGUCAUUUUGGAAAAUGAAAAUAUAUAUUUUAAAAAAAAUGUAUAGAAGGGCAAAUCAGGUUUUUUUUCUUUGAUUUUUUUUUUUUUGGAAAAAUUUUUUUCUGGAAAACUUUUAAAAUUUCUAAUUGUUCACUCAAAACACACCAUUAAAUAACUUCUAUGAAAUUAAAUAUUUUUUCCAAA